AUGGUAUUCUAUUCCGGAAUGGACUGCAGUCUCGGCGUCGUCUGGGUCUCAACAGCACCUUCAACGGGACUCAACAUGCUAGCACCACGACAUAAUGACACGGGCGCCAGUGAGUCCCAGGACAGGCAAAGCCUUUCCCAUAUCACAUUUGUCUGGUGGGAUUCUGGAUUAGACAACCUUGCAGUAGCUAUUUCAGUCGUCUAUAUAAUAACCUUUAUUUAA